CUCUCUCCAACCUACUCAUCCGGCGCCACCACACAUUCCCCAAACCCAUGACCCGAACCCGCAAACCCGAAACCUCCUCCGACGACAACAACGACGAAAAGCCCGCCGCAUCCACCACCGCCAUGAGACUCAUCGUCCCUCUCCAAGGCGUCGUCCAAGGCCGCGGAGGCCUCAUCCUCGGCUCUCUCAUCCCCUGCGCUCUCUUCUACUUCCUCCAGCUCUACCUCAAACGUCACCGUCCCUCCCAACCCGACCCGGACCCGCCUUCUCCCUCCUCCUCCAACCUCCCCGAGCUCCACCGAUCCUCGUCGCGCUCCAGCCUGUCCGGCCGCGGAUCUAUCGGCCGGGUCCGGGUCUCCUCCCGGGCCGACCCGAUUGCCAAGCCCAACGAGUCGCCGUAUUAUAUCGGGCUGGAUAGGGUUCUGGAGGACCCGUAUCAUAGUGUGGAUAAUCCGAAUGGGGUUAUUCAGCUCGGAUUGUCUGAAAAUAGGCUGUGUUUUGAUUUGAUUGAGAGAUGGGUGUCGGAGAAUUGGACGGAAUCGAUAUUGGGAACCAACGGUGGUGAUUUGAGCAUUGCCGGGAUUGCGGCGUACCAGCCGUUUGAUGGAUUUACUGAGCUGAAAGUGGCUAUGGCUAAUUUUAUGUCCCAGGUGAUGCGAAGAUCAGUGCCAUUUGAUCCGUCGCAACUAGUGUUAACAGCUGGUGCAACCCCGGCAGUUGAGAUAUUGAGUUUCUGCUUAGCAGACCAUGGAAAUGCAUUUCUUGUUCCUACCCCGUAUUAUCCGGGUUUUGACAGGGAUUUGAGAUGGCGAACAGGAGUGGAGCUUAUUCCCGUUCACUGUCGCAGCACUGACAACUUCACUUUAAAUAUAACCGUUCUUGAACAAGCAUACAGUCAGGCUAGAAAACGAGGGGUGAAAGUACAGGGAAUUUUAAUUUCUAACCCUUCGAAUCCUGUUGGCAAUUUAGUUUCAAGGGAAACACUGUGCAGUCUUCUAGACUUUGCCCAAGAGAAGAACAUCCAUAUUAUCUCUGAUGAGAUCUUUGCUGGGUCUAUGUAUGGAAGCGAGGAGUUUGUGAGCAUGGCAGAAAUUGUUGAGACAGAAGAUUUUGAGAAGAACAGAGUUCACAUAAUAUAUGGGUUAUCAAAGGACCUAUCUAUUCCGGGCUUUAGGAUUGGGGUUAUAUAUUCAUAUAAUGAUAGUGUUCUGGCCGCUGCAAAAAGGUUAACAAGAUUUUCUCCCAUUUCUGCUCCGACACAGCGCCUUAUUAUUUCAAUGCUCUUGGAUACUGGAUUCAUCCAGGAAUACCUAGACAUCAACAAAAGGAGGAUACAACACAUGUACGAUUUAUUUGUGGAUGGUUUGCAACAAUUAGGAAUCAAGUGUGCAAAGAGCAGUGCUGGUUUAUACUGUUGGGCCGAUAUGAGUGGGUUAAUUCCCUCCUAUGGUGAGAAAGGGGAACUCGAAUUAUGGGAUAACCUGCUGAACAUUGCCAAGAUCAACGUGACUCCUGGGUCAGCCUGCCACUGCAUAGAACCAGGAUGGUUCAGGUGUUGUUUUACCAGCUUGAUGCCUGAGGAUGUUCCUGUAGUUAUAGAUCGAAUCCGAAAAGUUACUGAAACAAUUAAAUCUUCCAGUUGAAAUUUUUUGUUUGUGUAGUGACGCUGUUUGAAUGUUUAUGGUGUUGCUUAUAGAAGUAGCUGAUAUAGCCUGAA